CGCAAAAAUCAAAAGAUUUCCACAGAAAAAUGGUCGAACUAACUCCUGAGGAGAAAAAGACGCUGAUCACGCGCAACCUGCAGGAGACCCUCGGCGAGGACAAGCUGAACAAAGUGCUCAGCGAGCGCGACCUAAAGAUCUACUGGGGAACGGCGACGACGGGAAAGCCACAUGUCGCCUACUUUGUGCCGAUGUCGAAGAUUGCCGACUUCCUAAAGGCCGGCUGCGAGGUAACCAUUCUGUUUGCCGAUCUCCACGCCUAUCUGGACAACAUGAAAGCGCCCUGGUCGCUGCUGGAGCUGCGCACCCAGUACUACGAGCAGGUGAUCAAGGCCAUGCUGAGCUCCAUCGGCGUUCCGCUGGAGAAGCUGAAGUUUGUCAAGGGCAGCGACUACCAGCUGUCCAAGGAGUACACUCUGGACGUAUACAAGCUAUCCUCGGUGGUCACGCAGCACGAUGCCAAGAAGGCGGGCGCCGAGGUCGUUAAACAGGUAGAGUACCCGCUGCUGUCUGGCCUGCUCUAUCCAGGACUGCAGGCCCUGGACGAGGAAUACCUGAAGGUGGACGCCCAGUUUGGGGGCGUCGAUCAGCGCAAGAUCUUCACCUUCUCCGAGAAAUAUCUGCCCCAAUUGGGCUACGAGAAGCGCAUACAUUUCAUGAAUCCCAUGGUUCCUGGGCUCGCUGGCGGCAAGAUGUCUUCUUCUGAGGAGGACUCCAAAAUCGAUCUAUUGGACUCGCCCGCCAACGUGAAGAAGAAGCUGAAGAAGGCCUUCUGUGAACCCGGCAACAUCGCCGACAAUGGUCUCCUCUCGUUCGUGAAGCACGUGCUCUUCUCCCUCUUCAAGGAGGGCGAGGGCUUCGAGGUGUGCCGCGAGGCGGAGCAUGGUGGCAACGUCACGUUCCUGAAGUACGAGGAUCUGGAGAAAUACUAUGCCGAGGAUAAACUGCAUCCGGGAGACCUGAAGGCCACCGUGGAGAAGUAUAUCAAUCGCCUGUUGGAUCCCAUUCGGAAGAUCUUUGAGACGCCAGCGUUGCAAAAACUCAGUGCUGCUGCCUAUCCGCCACCCGCCAAGGUCAAGGCUGGAGCUGCUCCGGCUGCGGGCGCUGAUGAGGAUGCGCCCCAUCGUUUGGACAUUCGCGUGGGCAGGGUCAUCGAGGUGGCCCGUCACCCGGAUGCGGAUACGCUCUAUGUCCUAAAGAUAGAUCUGGCUGAGGCGCAGCCGAGGACCAUCAUCAGUGGAUUGGUCAAGUUUGUCACCGAACAGGAGCUGGAUCAGCGCCUGGUGGCUGUCCUGUGCAACCUGAAGCCUUCCAAGAUGCGCGGCAUUCUCUCCGAGGGCAUGGUUCUGUGCACCUCCAACGCUGAUCACACGGUUGUGGAGCCUAUUGUGGUGCCUGAGAAGGCUGCUCCUGGCAGUAGGCUGGCCUUCGAGGGCUACAGCGGCACGCCUGACGAGCAGCUCAACCCCAAGAAGAAGGUGUGGGAGAAGCUGUCCGUCGAUUUGAAGACCAACAGCGACGGCCUGGCCGUGUGGAAGGAUAACUUCCUUCUGACGCCCGAGGGGGAGAAGCUUUCCAGCAAACUGGCCAACUGUGCCAUUAAGUAGGGUCACACUACCAAUGCCACACUACCUGAGCCGUGUAAUACUUACUACUAAGCAGAAUGUUUCACACAAAAAAACAAGUUUUUAAUUUAUUAAUUCCCAUUAAAGCAAUUGCAUUUUUUAAAUAAAGCGCGCAAAAGUCACAAUGGCAAUGUCAA